AUGUUGCAUAAACAGAAAAAAGUUUUCACUAAUACCAAAUCAUCGGAAUUACUUUUUGCUUCUUAUUUGGCAAAUAUGAAUGUUACCAACGGUACCUUGAAAAAAAGGAAAUCCCGAGAAAAUCUUAAGAUUGAUCAUACACGAAUUGAAUUAUUAUCGAAUAUCAAAGAUUUGUUAUACGCGGCGAUUAAUCGCGGAUAUGAAGUAUUGGGUUCAAAGGAAAUUAAAGAGAACAUAAGCAAUAAUAAAGUUCAGCCUCUUCCUUCUUCUCUUCUUGAAAAUGACAAAAAACCGUCUCUUUUCUUACCUCCACCUAACAAAAAAGUUGAUGGUAAUAAAUUAAAAGUAAAAACUGCUAAUGGGAAAAUUUAUCAAGUUGAUAGAUGGUGUCCGCAUGACAAUGCGGAUCUCAAUAUCAAGGGGGUUAUAAUAGGUUCAAAAUUAUUUUGUACGAAACACAAUUGGUCUUUUGAUUUAGAGGAUGGUGGAACUUAUUCUAAUGAACCUGAGAAAUCCUCUAUUAACGCAUCUCCAAUUAAUGUUUGGUGA